AUGGAAAAUCGCAAACACGAUUCUCAAAAGUGUCAAACCGUCAAUAUCUUUUAUUAUAAUUUACACCGAGGACAGAUAUACACCAUUUUCUUUAUCUUUCCACUCCCUCUCUCCCUCCCUCCCUCUCUCUCUCUCUCUCUCUCUCUCUCUCUCUCUCUCUCUCUCUAUCGAACUGUUUAUAUGUCUAUGGUCCAGAAUUUUUCAAUUGCACGGUUCUUUUCUCUUUUUUCUUUCUAUCUAUCUAUCUAUCUAUCUAUCUACCUGCCUGUUCAUACCUAUCGCAGCCUAUUCAUAUCUAUCUAUUUAUCUAUCAACCUGUUCAAAUCUAUCUCGUCCUAUUCGUAUCUAUCUAUCUAUCUAUCUAUCUAUCUAUCUAUCUAUCACAUUCCAUUAACAGAUAGCAAGAUAAAUACUUAUCAUUUUAUAUUCUUUCUUUCUUUCUUUCAUUCUUUCUUAUCACAUGCAUGCUCUCCCCUCACUGUCGGAAUCUUUACUCCUUCCCCCACCUCACAUCCCAUUCUUUCUUUCUUUUUUCUUUCUUUGUUAUAUGUAGUUUUCAUAUUUGUUGAAUAUCUUUCUUUGUUCUACGUGAAGGCCUUUUCUUUCUUUCUUCCUUCCUUCCUUCCUUUCUUUCUUUAUUUCUUUAUCCUAUUUAAAUUUCAUAUUUGGUCUUUUUUCUUUCUUUCUUUGUCCUAUGUAUAUUUCAUAUAUGAUGAAAACCUUUUCUUUCUUUCUGUCUUUCUUUUGCCAUUACCAUUUGUUGUAAACAAUUUGAAAAAAAAAAAAGAAAUUCAAAAUCAAGUCACUUGGGGCCGUCUGCACUUUAUUCCGUUCCUUUCGAUUUUACAUUUUCCCCGUUCAAUCUCUUCCCCACGUUAUAACUGCCUCCAGUGGCUUGGCUUGAUGUAUUCAGCUGACAUGUUCCUUUUAAAUAACUCAUUUUUUAAGUUGCCAUUUUAUAUUUGUAUAUUUUGUCGUUACUCUAAUAUUCCUCGCUACCCGGAUCUUUUUUAUUUUUUUUAUUAA